AUGGCGGCCGAGGCUCCCCGCAACUUCGUCCCGCUUACCUGCCACGGCCAUUCUCGACCGGUGCCGCACAUCAGCUUCUCCAACCUCGAAAAGGAUGGCCAAUAUUUCAUGGUUUCGGCCUGCAAAGAUGGCAACGCCAUGCUCCGUGACGGCGUCAACGGAGACUGGAUAGGAACCUUUCUGGGCCACAAGGGAGCUGUCUGGCAGGCGAGGCUGAGCCCCAACCAUGCCUUUGCAGCGACCGCCUCGGCCGACUUUACCGCCAAGGUUUGGGAUUCUCACACGGGCGAGCAGCUCGCAUCGCUCCAGCAUGAUCACAUCGUCCGGGCCGUCGCCUACCCGCCCGACAACUCGGAGCUCGUCGCCACCGGUGGCAUGGAAAAGAAGCUCCGCAUCUUUGACCUCUCCGAACUGGCCUCUUCGUUCAACGGCGAGGCCAUCACCAUCCCGGCGGCGUCCGGCUUCGAGAUUGGGGAGAACGUUCACACGAGCUCCAUCAAGUUCAUCUGCUGGACCCAAGACCCCAACGUCGUGGUGACGGCCUCGGACAAGACCCUGCGCUGGCUCGACCUUCCCAGCCGCGCCUGCAUUCACCAAGAGGUCCUCGACGGCGAGAUCAAAUCGUGCGAGAUGGUGUCCCUCGCACCCGGCCUCGCGUCUGCCGAGGACGUCGGCGGCGGCAAACCCGUGCUCGCCGUUGCCGCCGGCAAGACGGCGUGCUUUUGGGGUGGCCACAAGGCCAUGGACGAGCUGAAGCGCAUCACCAUGCCUCGCUCCAUCGCGAGCGUUGGCCUCGACGUCAAGGGGCGCAAGUUGGUCGUGGGCGAGGAGCCGGGCACGUGGGCGAGGGUGAUUCGCUACGACGACGAGGUGGAGAUCGAGACGCUCAAGGGCCACCACGGGCCGAUAUGGUCCAUCGCCUUUUCGCCCGACGGCAAGCUGUACGCGACGGCCUCGGAGGACGGCACGAUAAAGUUGUGGAAGAACUGCGAGGGCCAGUACGGCCUCUGGAAGGGUGGCGCGAACCAGGAGCGCUCGGCCGACAGCUUCAGUCCUCCGAGCAGCCGUGACGACUCUGAGCCGAGCGUCGCCGACACCGGCAGCACGUCUGCGACCGGCUCCGAGGUGGAUUCGAAACGCAGGCAGGCCGGAGACGAGCAUGCCGCCGACACCGCUCGACACGGCCACGAUGCAGCCGUUGCCGGCGUCGCUCCCGGUGCCGGGGAUCAUGGGCCUCAGAGUGGUGCUUGGCACAGGAACUUGGCUUGGCUCUGGACGGCGCAUGUUGACGAAGCAUUUUCACAUGUUGCCGAGAUAUCGUCGGGCUAA